CGCGUAUACGAGAGACCCGCGCUUUAGCUGACUGCAGUGUGUGCGUGCUAACGAGCGAACCUCCAACAACGGCAUUUAAAGUUGUAAAAGAACAGCGCAACUCGUUAAAACAGCAUUCGCUCGUUAUUUUUCAUGUACAGUGCUCUGCGUGGUGCGCGUCGAGUAACCAAUAGAAACAUUAAUAAUAAUUGAAAAAAAAAACAACCUAUCUCGACUGCUCCGCAAGGCGCGGAACGCGCAGACAGGCUCGUACAAACGCACACAAGCACCUACUACUAUACACAAAACGCCACAGCGCAGUCACACACACACACAUACGUACGUACGAUACGCAUACAAACACAAAAUCGCACUCUCUCAGACAGAGAGGCAAUUUUUUGACGGCGACGACGACGACGCGCGAGACUCUGUGCCUGCCUUUUAGCUCUCUCUCUCUCUUUCUGCACACGCUUCGUCCGUAAGACCAGUGCGUGACUGCGAAGAAAAAAGAAAAGCAAAACAACAAACAAACGAGGCAAGAAAAAAAAACAACGGAAUUAUCAAAACAAAAAUUAACUGUGCAGCUGGUGCGAGACUCGCCACAGUGUGUGUCUCUGUGUGCGUGCGUGUGCGUUCUAUAGUACAGCCAGCAGCAUACGAGCCAGCCAAGCAACACAGCCGAGCAGUUAUAAAGCAGUGUACGAUAUAGGUUCUCGCACGAGAGUUAUCGUCGUCUCGUAUAGUACUGCACGCAGGAUCGCAGCGAUACCGUAUCGUUCCGAAAAAAAAGGGAUUUACGAAUAGUUCGCACGAGACGAGAGCCCACGGGUAAAAGGACUGCUGCUUGCGUCUGUCUCUGCGGAAUCGAGAAGGGAAGCGCGCGUGUGUGUGGUUCUGCUCCGCUGCUGUAUUUCAACGAUAAUAAUAACAAUAACGACACCAUCGUCAUCGGGGCAUCGUCGUCAUCCCCGCAGCGCAAGUGCGAGUUUAAGUGAAUUGUUCUCGUCUCCACAAUUGAAACCCGAGAAAUAAGAGCCGAUCAGUCUAUUGGCAAGCGUGGCUAAUCAAGGUACCAAAAGAAAGAUGAGCAGUUCGGAGGAAGUCUCGUGGAUUUCAUGGUUCUGCGGCCUGAAAGGCAAUGAAUUCUUUUGCGAGGUCGACGAGGAUUACAUUCAAGACAAGUUCAACCUGACUGGUUUGAAUGAACAAGUACCACACUAUCGUCAAGCUCUUGACAUGAUACUGGAUUUAGAACCAGAUGAGGAUCUUGAUGAUAACCCUAAUCAAUCUGAUUUGAUUGAGCAGGCAGCAGAAAUGCUCUAUGGACUUAUACACGCUCGUUAUAUUCUCACAAAUCGAGGAAUCGCUCAGAUGAUUGAAAAAUAUCAAGCUGGUGAUUUUGGACACUGUCCACGUGUUUAUUGUGAAACACAGCCAAUGCUUCCAUUGGGUCUAAGUGAUGUUCCCGGUGAAGCAAUGGUGAAAAGCUAUUGUCCUAAGUGCAUGGAUGUUUACACUCCAAAAAGUUCCAGACAUCAUCAUACCGAUGGAGCUUACUUUGGCACAGGUUUCCCUCAUAUGUUGUUUAUGGUUCAUCCAGAAUACAGACCAAAGCGUGCAGCCAAUAACUUUGUACCAAGGUUAUAUGGAUUUAAAAUUCACCCUUUAGCCUAUCAAGUGCAACAACAAUCUGCAGCAACCUUUAAACAACCACUGCGCACACUGACUUACAAUAAUGGAAAGCGCUAAGACCAUCAGUAUAGUUUAGAAACAAAAUAAUUCACAAAAAUUAUUUCUCCACAACAACCGAAAUGAAAAUCUUAAUUUCGUCCUAAGGAUUAAAUAAAAUAUUAUUUUUUUAUAUGUGAAACUCUCUUAUGCUCUUUACCUGUGACAUUGCGUGGCGCAUAUCUCUGAUAUUGUUAGUAAAAAAACAUCGUAACUUUUAUCAUUGCUACGUUGGGUCUCAGCAAUAACUAAUUUUGAUGUAGUAGAAAGCUGAAGAGAGAGCAACCAUGAGGCGAUAUUUGUAUACUUCUUUUUUAAUUUUUUCGAUUAAAUUUAACACGACUUGAAUUUGUUUCUUUAACAAAUUGUACUUGCGCAUGAAGUCACAGAAAUAUUUUGUUGAUAAGUAGAAAUUUUACUGCAUUGAAAGAGUAAUAACAGUAACGCGAGAAGGGUAAAGUGAAAUAAUACUAUUUGAUUUUAAAGAGAUAAUACACCGUAAGAUAGUAGCUAGGACUUAUUAAGAGCAAUGGACGACCUAACAACAAUUUGUUUGUAUUGAGUCAAGAGCGUCUUUGUUAUAAAGUUGCUGCCAAGUAGUUCCUAAGCUCACACGAAAGCUUUCCCUUUUAUUAAAGGGGCGCGCAGGUAGCACACACAUAGAGCUAGGAUAACUUGAGAAUGAAAUUGAAAUAAUACAAAGUAAAAUGUGCAUAAACUAAAUUUCUUACUGCGAAAGAUAAAUGGAUGCAAGAAAUCGCGUAUCGAACAAACUGAAUAAUAAGUAAUAUGAUAAAGGUCUGUAAAUUCGUGAAAUAUAUUUUGUGAUCCUCUGCAAUCUCUUAGUGAAAUCCACUAUAGUUUAUAUACAUACACAUAAUUGACGUAAUUGACUUUUUUACUUUGUAAACCAGUGGGUUUCAUUGAGAUAUUUGAGAUGAAAAAAAAAUAAAUAAAACGAGUUGGUUAUAACUUGA